UGUGCCCGGGGGAACCGUGUGUGUGUAUGCGUGUGUGUACAUACAUCUGCCGCGAAAAUGUUUCCACCAUCGCCGCUUUUAGACGUUUCUCCGCGGCCCACGGUGGUGUUUUUGUCGGCUUUGACGAGGAUCUUCCCCCGCGCGGAUGUUUAGGCUCAGAUGUCUCGCGGUGUUUGGGGACCGACGGUGAGGUGUGGCUCACUCAUGAAGAUUCCUCAGUGCCUGGAAGAAUAGGACCUAAAACAGCUGGUUUUGCCUGCAAAGAGACAUUCCAGAAAAUUUGGUUAAUCACCAUGUCUUUCCCGUGGUCUGUUGCCCUCUCGUGACCCCAAUGACCUCAACGGCAGUUUUGACCCCAGAGUCAGCUUUGACCCCAAACCCUUCCUACAACCCCUAAGAAAAGACAUUAACUGACCACGGGCAUAAGCUGCAUUGGGGUGGUCUUCCAAAUGCCUACCUCACGCCUAAAGAGCAAAUCACUGCAGCCACAGCCCUGAUCAGCAGCCACCAUGACAUCAAGCAUAGGGGAUGAUUGUAGCAUCUUUGAUGGGUUGAUGGAAGAAGAUGAAAAGGACAAAGCAAAACGCGUGUCCCGUAACAAAUCUGAGAAGAAAAGGAGAGACCAGUUCAAUGUCCUCAUCAAGGAACUUGGCACGAUGUUGCCUGGCAACACCAGGAAGAUGGACAAGUCCACCAUCCUGCAGAAAAGCAUUGACUUCCUGUGCAAACACAAAGAGAUCGCAGCCCAGUCGGAGUCGAGUGAGAUCAGGCAGGACUGGAAGCCUCCAUUUCUUAGCAAUGAAGAGUUCACCCAGCUCAUGCUGGAGGCUCUGGAUGGGUUCUUUAUAGCAAUAAUGACUGACGGGAACAUCCUCUACGUCUCUGAGAGUGUCACCUCACUACUAGAACACUUACCGACGGACCUGGUGGACCAGAACCUGUUAAACUUCCUGCCAAUUGGGGAACACUCUGAUGUGUACAAGAGCCUGUCCACGCACCCCACCGACCACGAGAACCUUAGCUCCGAUUACCUGAAGACUAAGAACCACUUGGAGUUCAGCUGCCAUAUGCUGCGAGGGGCCAUUGACCCCAAAGAACCGCCUGUCUAUGAAUAUGUAAAGUUCAUCGGCAACUUCAAGUCACUCAACAAUGUUCCCAAUGUGACGAGGAAUGGUCUCGCGGGGGUUUUACAGCGGUCACUACAACCUGCGUUCGAUGACCAGGUGUGCUUUGUAGCCACUGUUCGGCUGGCCAAACCUCAAUUCAUCAAGGAGAUGUGUACAGUGGAGGAGCCCAAUGAAGAAUUCACCUCGCGGCACAGUCUAGAAUGGAAGUUCCUCUUCUUAGAUCACAGAGCUCCACCAAUCAUAGGCUACCUGCCUUUCGAGGUUCUGGGAACAUCAGGGUACGACUAUUACCAUGUGGACGACCUGGAGACACUAGCCAAGUGUCAUGAACACUUGAUGCAGUACGGUAAAGGGAAGUCUUGUUACUAUCGUUUCCUGACUAAAGGUCAACAGUGGAUCUGGCUUCAGACACACUACUACAUCACCUAUCACCAGUGGAACUCUCGGCCUGAGUUUAUUGUCUGUACACACACAGUAGUCAGCUAUGCAGAGGUGAGGGCAGAGCAGCGCAGAGAGCUGGGAAUUGAGGAGUCCAAUCCAGAAGUUACUGCGAACAAGAGUCAGGACUCUGGCUCAGAGUCGCAGCUGAAUACAUCCAGCCUCAAGGAAGCUCUGGAGCGAUUUGACCGCAGCCGAACUCCCUCAACCUCCUCACGGAGUUCUCGCAAGUCCUCAUCACAUGUCUCUGACAACACUUGCACUUCAACAGCCUCCAAGCUACACAUGGACACGGCCACACCUCCUCGACAGUCCCUGGCCUCAACCAUGGAGAUGACAUCACAACGUCGCUCAUCCAUCAGCAGCCAGUCUAUGAGCUCUCAGACAACAAACCAGAGUGUAACUCCAGGUAUGAUCACGCAGCAGCAGCAACAGCAGCAGCAACAGCAACAACAACAACAGCAACAACAGCAACAACAACAACAGCAACAACAACAGCAACAACAACAACAACAGCAACAACAACAGCAACAACAACAGCAACAGCAGCAACAACAACAACAACAACAACAGCCACAGCAGCUACAGACAAACGUACAGCCGGUGAUGGAGUUCUCAGCGCAGGUGAAUGCCAUGCAGCAUCUAAAGGAGCAGCUGGAACAGAGGACAAGACUGAUCCAAGCCAACAUCCAGCGGCAGCAGGACGAGCUGAGACACAUCCAAGACCAGCUGCAGAGAGUCCAGGGUCAGGGCAUACAGAUGUUGCUGCAGCAGCAGGGUGGAGCAAUGAACGUCCAGCUCCCGCAGGUGGGGUCGGUCCAACAAACAACUUCUUUGACCAAUCAGGUCCAGCAAACAACAAUUAACCCCGUCCAUUCAGGAACUCAGCAGCUCACCAUCCAGCAGCAGGCGCCACAGCCCCAGCAGAACCUACAGCAGCAGCAGCAGCAGCAGACCAACGUCCUCACACAGCCCCAGCGCCAGCCCCAGCAACCUCAACAGACUCAGCAGCAGACCCAGGGCUCAGUAUCUGCUCCACUAUACAACACCAUGAUGAUUUCACAGCCAGGGCAGCCCAACGUGCUGCAGAUCAGUACCAGCCUGCCGCAGACCAACACACAGCAAGGCACCGCAGUGGCCACCUUCACGCAGGAUCGUCAGAUCCGGUUCCCAGCAGGGCAGCAGCUGGUGACCAAGCUUGUGACGGCUCCAAUGGCAUGUGGAGCAGUCAUGGUGCCCACCUCCAUGUUCAUGGGACAGGUGGUCACCGCGUACAACCCCUUUGGUGGGCAACAGCAGGGAGGCCAAACCCAGACCCUAACUCUGCAACCAGCCCAACCGCAACAAGGUCAGCCCGACGGCCAGAACCAGACGACUGUAGUGGCUCAGGGUGGCCAGCAGGGGCAGCAGCAACAACAACAAUUCCUACAGGGCCCACGUCUUCUCCACGGUAAUCAGUCUACCCAGCUGAUUCUGCAGGCAGCUUUCCCACUCCAACAACAGGGCACCUUCACGCAGGCAACACACCAACAGCAACCGCAGCAACAACAACAACAACAACAACAACAGCAGCAGCAGCAGCAACGACAACAACAAUCUCACCACCAGAGGCACCAGCAGCAGCUGAAACCACAGCCCCAGAAACAGCAGAAAUCUUCGUCAUCGCACAGGACUGACAGUGUCAGCAGCCAACCGCAGUAAAAUCUGGAGCGCUCAGUUUGAAAAACCUGGGGAAGUGAAACUCUUAAGGGAUUGCUGCAUACAUUUGUUUUGGUUGUGCGGCUGUCACAAACUUCCUUUUUCCCCAAAAUCGUUGCUCUCCCUCCCUCCAAGAAGAAGAAAGAAAUUAAUCAUAGGAAAACAAGCGAGUCCUCCAGGAACUCACCAAGGAUAUUCACCAUGGAGAAUUAAUGGAUUAAAAUCCGGAUCUGUGAGGGAGCUCCAGUCUCUGUGGAAAUCAGACAAAAACACCUUUUUUGAAGGUGUGACAAAGUGGACUGACCUUGUACAGAUUUACUGUAUGAUAAAAAAACAACAACUUGUAAAUAUCCAAUAUAGCCUAACAGAAACAGAAAUGUAGUAUUUUAUAUGAUUGCAUGGAAAGAAUAACUGUGUAAGCUUUUAUUAGUCGCUUUUGAAAAAUGAAUUUUUACUUUGUUCAAGUGUUUUCUGGUCAAAGAUGGAGCAACAACGUGCUCUCUCAGUCUUCUCCCCCCUCCCUCUUCUCUCUCUAAAAAAAAACAAACAGUCCAGAUCAAGGCUUUAAAGUUGUGUCACUUUGGUUGGGCUUGGGUUUUCUUGUGGAAGUUGUGUUUUUAAACACUGUCUCUGAGACAAAAAUGGCUCUUUUUAACUUUGUAAGUACAAAUUAUGUUUGGCAAGAAACUAGAUCACAGUUUAACUGAAUUCUUUGCAGAAUGAUCACUGUACGUAUAACGGGUUUAGUGAUUCCAAGUGCCAAUAACAUAGUCAAUUGUGCUUGUUUGGUUUUUUUAUUUCAAGCAGACUAUUCAAAGGCAUAUAUAUAUUUUCCAACAAGAUACUACCCCUAAUAAAGUUAAUGCGUGUGUAUAUAGUAGGGAUUAUUUUUUAACAGUCAGAGAGCCCUAUAAGUAACAAACAGUAUAUCCUCAACCUCCUGAAACUUUAGCACUUGAUGUGGUUGUGUACAGUAAAUCACUGUCGAGACCUAGUUGUUUGUAAUCCGUGGUGUGAUUCUGUGAGCUAGUGUGUGUUUUUGGGAAUACAAUCUUUGUGUGCAUGAGUGGGCAUGAGCGUGUCUGUGGUUGGUCUGUGUGUGUGUGUGUGUGUGUGUGUGUGUGUGUGUGUGUGUGUGUGGUUGUAUGUAUGUGUGCUUGUUGCCCUUGUGUCUUACAAUAAUUGACUUAGUAAGGGUUUGAAGUUGCUGGAUGGUACUUGUAUUCUCAGGAAAGUGGAAAGUUUUUUGCUUCUGCCUCAGUCUGGAACCAGACCAGGAAGGAUUAGACAGUGAGGCUGCAAAGACCAGAGGAAAAAGUGUCAGUGUGGAGUGUUUGAUGGCGACUGAAUCAAACUUGACCCCGAUUAAGAGUCUUCCUUGUUAUUUCCUUAUCAAAAUAGUAUUUAAGGACAAGCCCCCAAAGGCAGUAAAAGAAAUAUGCUGUUAUUAGGAUCGGAUGGAGUAGAAAUGUAGAAAACACAUUUCCUGCUGUCCACCCAGAUUUAAGGUUGUCAAAAGUAUUAAUACUUUGAUAUUUUUUUGAUACCACAUGUUUAAAGCAGCGUCAUGUAGAAUUAGUUCUUUUUUAGUUUAGUGGCCCUACAGAGAUUCUUUUCUACACUGCUUCUACUACAGCUGUACCUUGUAUUUAUGCUUAAAAAAGAGCCAGUGCAACAAUACAAGACAUAGCAAGCCAGCUAAUAUUACUCCAGACAGCAUGAAGGCCAACUCAUUGUUUGUCUGUAGCCUUUUUAUUUCUCAAAGCUUUCGCCAAUGUCUGAAAGCCAAUCUGAGAUUUACUCUUGUCCGCUAGCUUUACUUAAGCAACAAGUAAAGGUUUCUGUCAGUCAGGAAACUAACUAACUAAAAAAAAAAAAAAAAACAGGCAUUCGGGAUGCAAUGACAGUCACCAUUAUUCCUAUUACAAGAGAGUGCAGCAACAAAAUUCAUUAUGCAUUCAAUACUAUUGAAAGUUCUUGAGAUGUAAAAAAAGAAACAGAUCUACAAUUAGAUUUUUAACCGAAGGCUGCACAGUUAAACAACAGGAAAGAAAUUCAACCUGCACAAGCACUGUGGGCAGGUUCUGAAUUUUAUAUUUUUGGGCCUAGGAUUUUUUUGUUGUGGUAUCAAAAUAGGUAUCAAGUAGUUUUAUAUUAGUGUUGUAUCAAAGUUAAAGAUUUUGAUAUUGUGACAAUCUUUAUUUACCAGAUUGAAAUAGAAUGACUGUUGUACCAACAAACUUUCAUUUUGACUCAUGGUCUUCUGUAUCCUCAGUGUUUCAUCCUCCUGUCUCUUCCUAGGCCUCAGAAACUCUCAUGCAGUUCAGUUCACUCGUCCCUCAAACAGUUCUCAAACAGCAGUUAAAACCAGGGCUAGACCCAAAUCCAUCCAUCCAAAACUGGUGGAAACAGGUUCAGCCCCUCUCGUACAGUUGUAAGCCAUAUCAAACAGAAAAGCCUUGGACUGGAGGAAGCAUAA